AUGUCUUCCUCAAUAACCGAUCUCCUUAAAAUAGAAUUGACCUUGGAAUACGAGUCUGUACUUACUGCCGAACACGAGGUAGAAUCCUUUCUCCUUUUCACUCAGGACAUCCCCACAGGUAAUCUGGGGUUCAUCGAUUCUCGCGCAGCCACAGUGGAUGUAUCGAUCCGAGACAAUGAAUACACUAUCCACCAAUCCCCAACCUUACUCUCCUCAUCUCGUGCUGGAGGUACUACUGGAGCCGUCCUUUGGAAAAUCACACCUCUCUUCGCAGAAUGGAUCUCAAACCCCACAAACCCCCUAUGGAAAACCUCAUUCCUUACCCAAGACUCCAUAGUCACAGAACUAGGAUGCGGCAUCUCAGCCCUAAUCCCCUUAACACUGGCCCCAUCAAUCCAGCACUACAUCGCCACAGACCAAGAAUACGUACGCCGCUACUUCCGCACAAACCUCGACGAGAACGCCAAUGCCACCUCAAAAUCCAAGGGGAAAUCAAAAGGUGCCGCUAAGAAUAAGAGUAAAAAGCAAGGGUCUACGAAAGGUGCAUCUGCGUCUGCAUCUGCAGUAUCAAACUUAACCUCAAACUCAAAUAUCAUCUUUACGACUCUGGACUGGGAACUUGAUCAGCCGGCUUUACUGAAACAAUGUAUUCAGGAGUCCUCGGAUGAUGAUGAUGAUGAUGAUGAUAAGGGCUUUGAUCUUCUUCUUUCGUGUGAUUGUAUUUAUAAUGAUGCUCUCAUUACGCCCCUUGUCUCUACUUGCGCGGAGAUUUGUCGCCUACGGCCGGUGUAUACGUCGACUGCAGAGACAGAGAGACAGGGCUCGAAGCCGACGGUUUGUAUUGUUGCGCAGCAGCAGCGGGCACCGGAGGUAUUUGAGUCUUGGUUGAGAGAGACAUUGAGGGAGUUUCGGGUUUGGAGGAUUAGUGAUGAGGUGCUUGGGGAUGGGUUGAAGGGGUGGAAGUGGAUAUUUGGUGCAUUUACUUCUGGUCAGGGAGAAGUGAAUGCAGCU